AUGAAACUUCUUCUGUCGGUUCUGGUGCCGGUUUUGGCAGCCGCAGCUUCUUCACCGUCUGUCACAAUCGACGCUGGAACGCUUUUGGGUGGAUUUUGUGAAAGUGGAAACGUCGUUUAUUACAAGUCGAUAUCCUUUGCCGAGCCUCCCGUCGGUGAACUGCGAUUCGAGUCUCCCAAGGCUAAGAAGCAGUUUGCCGGUGGCAAGCUUGAUGCCACAAGCUCGCCGGCUUCUUGUGUUCAAUGGACUGAUGAGUUCAUUGAGGAUGGGCCGACAUCUGAGGACUGCUUCAUCUCGGAAUCUGGAGGCGGCAAGAACCUCGCCACCAACUCGACACUCCAGAAUGACGGAAAGUCAUAUGCCAAGGCACUCAAGUGUGGGUUUGAUGAUAAAGCCUGCCUACAGUCCAAGACCGUCAAGGAAUUAACCGACGCCUACACCAACGACAACUACCUCAGUGCCGGUAUCGGCUCCGACGGCGCCAUCGGCGUUUCCAGUGCCAACUCGCAUAGCUUCUACCCCUACGUCGACGGCAAGGUCAUCGCCGAAGAGCCCAUCACCCGCGGCACCCAGGCUCCUUCAAUCUUUGGAUUCACCCUAAUCACAUACAAGCAGAUUUGA